CAGUACUCAGUAGAAGAGACUUGCUCCAGUACUCGGUAGAAGAGACUUGCUCCAGUACUCGGUAGAAGAGACUUGCUCCAGUACUCAGUAGAAGAGACUUGCUCCACUACUCAGUAGAAGAGACUUGCUCCACUACUCGGUAGAAGACACUCGCUCCGGGGUACUGUCCGCCCCGGCGCGCCAAGUGGAAAGAUGUGCAGACGAUCGGCCAUGUGUUGCACCCCUGGUUAUUAAAGCUAAUAACUCGAAGCUCCCAUCAUAUCUGGCACCUCAUACCCAGCACGCACCCGAGUGCAGGGACUAUCGUAGUCUUGCUACGCACUUGUUCUCGCCAGCUUUCACAGACUCCUGUCAACAUUCCCAACGUCGGCUCGAGCCAGCCACCCGAAUCCGCAUCAAUACCUGGGGGGGCGUUUCGCGCCGUCAACCGCUACGACAGACGGGCGGCGCCGGCCAAAGCCGGGGGCUUUACGAAGCGGCCGUCCAUGUACGCAAGGCGAUGGCACCGAGCCUCAUUGCCGAUUCGGCUUCGGCCGAAUUCCAGGCUCCACAGCCCUCUCGUCUUUUCCAGAGGGUCUAUUGGACAAGGGAACCUCACUUGAGAAAGCUGUACGGCCUGGCCAUUAUCCUCAUGGUGGCCUCGGCCACGACGGGAUACGACGGGAUGCUAGUCAACACCUCCCAACAGAUAGACUCGUGGAACAGCUUCUUCUUCCCCGAGCUGGUCGACAGGCCCAGUGAUGCCGUGGCCGACAGCAGGCUUGCCAUUCUCGUCAACAUGUUCAACAUUGGCUCCAUCGUCUCCUUCUUCUUCACCCCCUACGUGGCCGAUCACUACGGCCGGAGACCAGCCAUCGUCGCUGGAUGCAUCUUUAUGGUUAUGGGUGGCCUCCUGACUGCUUUUUGCACGGGUUACGGAAUGUACAUGGGCGGCCGCUUCAUGCUCGGCUUCGGCAACUCGCUCUCGCAGAUGGCCUCGCCUCUGCUCCUGACCGAGAUAUGUCACCCGCAGCACCGCGGCCCCGUCACGGCCAUCUACAACUGCUUAUGGAACGCGGGUGCCCUCCUCGUCUCGUGUAUUGCCUGGGGCACCGCAAAUAUCACAACCGACUGGUCGUGGAGGUCCAUUACGUUCCUCCAGGUCGUCCCUUCGCUCAUCCAGCUUGCCGGCAUAUGGUGGAUACCCGAAUCCCCUCGCUUCCUCGCCAACAAGGACCGCCACGACGAGGCGCUACACAUCCUAGCCAAGUGGCAUGCUGGUGGCGACGUCAACAAUGCCACGGUGCAGUUCGAGUUCCGUGAGAUCAAGGAGACCAUUCGCAUCCAGAAGGCCACGGACCAGUCGACGAGGUACCUCGACUUUUUGCGUACAAAGGGCAACCGCUGGCGCCUGGCCAUCAUCGUGUCCCUCGGAAUUAUUUCUCAGUACAGCGGCAACGCCCUCUUCUCCAACUACAUGAACACCAUAUACCAGGGCGCCGGCAUCAGGGACCAAAACCAGAAGCUCGCCAUGUCGACCGGCAAGACGAUACUAGAUGUCAUCGUGACCAUCGCGGCCGCCCUCAACGUCAACCGCUUCGGCCGUCGCCCCUUGUUUCUCAUAUCAACCUUUGGCAUGGUCGGCUCUUUUGUCUGCUGGACCAUUGCUGGAGCCAUCUACGAGAAUUCUUUCGAAGGUAACAAAGGAUCGGGAUACGCUCAGCUUGUGUUCAUCUGGGUGUUUGGCAUCUUCUACGACAUCGGCUUCUCGGGUCUGCUUGUGGCCUAUGCUCUGGAGGUUCUGCCCUUCCACCUCCGCGCCAAGGGAAUGAUGAUUAUGAACAUCACGGUGCAAGCAUGCCUGGCCAUCGGCAACCAAACUAACAAGCUCGCCUGGGAGCGUCUGCCGCACCACUGGAACUUUAUGCUGUUCUACACCCUCUGGGACUUGUGCGAGCUCGUCUUUGUUUGGCUCUUCUAUGUCGAGACCAAUGGCCCGACGCUCGAGGAAGUUGCGCGCAUCUUUGACGGCGACGGCGCCAUCGCCCAUAUCGACAUGCAACAAGUCCAGAAAGAAAUAUUUCACAACGAACACCGCGAUACCCAAUAUGUCCGCGACGCUCGCGACAGCCACGACGGCCAAUUUGCUACUCGCAGAAAAAGGCUGCCAUAAGUCCAGCCACCUCGACCUUUUUAUGACUAAUGUCCACCAUCGGCGCUUUCUUUCUUUGCUCAUUUCUUGUGGCUUUCACCUCGAAUCUGGUGUCUUUUAGCCGCCUGUACUUUUUUUCUACCAUUGUACGGAAGCAUCGGAGUUGGGAUAAAGGCAUAGCAAACGAUAUACAUCUUUCUCCCUACGUCCUGCCGCCACAGCACAGGCCUAGUAGCGGGGGCAGGCGACAGACAGAGCGAUGCCGAUAGACAGAGCGAUGCCGACACAAAACUGAACGCGGGACUCAAUUGGUUACCUAUGAUACCACGGGAGGGACUAUGAUACCAAAUGUGCGACUGGACUCAACGGAGUUGGGGGUGGGGAUCUUUCUCUUUUUUAUUCUGUCUCGCUAACAUUUAAUCGUCUCAUGUCAAGCGUUUUUCUGUUCUGUAUUCUGUAUUGUUUGCCUCGUGUGUACUGCGCCAUUGUUUGAGUCCAUCUGUGUGCGUUCG